CCUGGCGUCAUCUCCAAAUCUCGGCCAGUGCCGCAAUUUUGGCUAUAAAUACAAAUGUCGGCACGCAGCUUGGCUUAAACUUACAUUGUUAUCCUAGUUCACAACAUCGCUCGGGGUCUCCACAACUUCGCCGAACAAAACACAUUCGCUACGUGACGUUGUUAGAACCGAAUCCACAUCCUCCCACUCGCGCCAGGACAACUCAGAAACUCCGAAACUUGAAACUCCAUCGAAAAACGCAAACCCCCGGUGCCACGCCCCUUGAAUCGACUGCAGGCACCAGAACGCCCCCCACCAGGACAACAAUGGGAGUGCCACGGAGGCAGGGAACUGGAAUUGGAGUUGGCAGUGGAAGUGGACACAGGUGGCUCUUGGUUUGGAUGACGGUGCUGCUCCUGGUCGUCCCACCGCAUCUGGUCGAUGGACGUUACCUGCCGACAAGGUCGCAUGGCGACGAUUUGGACAAGUUGCGUGAACUGAUGCUGCAGAUUUUGGAGUUGAGCAAUGAGGACCCACAGCAGCAGCAGCAACAACAGCAGCAGCAACACCCACAGCUGCGUCUUCGCAAUGAGGCCACCGGUGGCAGCAGCAGCAGCAACGGCAACAGCAACAGCAACAUCAACAAUCCACGCGUGUCCAACGGCAACUCCAAUGCCGCCUGGCUGCAGAAACUGAGUGCCAUGGGUGCCCUGGACGAGUUGGGCGGAGAUGGAAGCCGAUUCGGGCCCAACUAUGGGCGUUAUUAAGCCAUCUGGGCCGGGAACACCUGACGACAACAGCCACCAACAGACUAUGGACACGGAAACUAGGGGCCGGGGGAAGCCAUGUUGCGAACGGAAAUGUUCCGAGUCCGAAAAAGGGAAAAAUCAUAGUAGAAAUGGUAGUCGGAAAUGUGCACAGGAUUAAAAUCCAAUUGAAACGAGAGCAAAGUGCGUGAAAAGGGACAAAUAAAUGGUGCAAAGGAUUGUCCUGGAAAUCGCUUUGAAGUACUUUGAAUGAGCUGUGCCAUUUUGGAAUGUUGUGAAGGACACUUUGCAAAAUCACUUUCAUGCUUUCCAUGCUUGAGACCUUUUAGGAAAUUAUAUUAGAGCACCUUUUUGAUUCUCGCAUAUGCAAAAACUACUCAAAGGGUUAAUUUGAUUACACUCUUUUUUAGUUCAUUGUAUUAUGUUUUAUAACCUAAAGACUCUGAGUACGCAUUCUUACAUUGUAAUAUGUUUUAAAAUGGAUUUUUUAAAAAUGGAUUUUUACAUCUCCAGCAGGGAAGUGCGUCUCAAGUACGCACUUUUGAAAUGUUUUCAUUCAAUUCAAAAAGUUUGAACAUGGUUUUCCCUCUACCCCGAACUGAAUUACACUUACUGGUUUAGAAUGCAUAACGAUGAACAGAAGACAAAUUCAGAAAUGAAAUGAAACUGGAAAACUUAAAAGGACAACGACAGUUCCUAUGCUAGAACAAUAAUUUUUAAAAUCCUUUGGGUAAGCCCGAAGUGUAAAAUGUACCUAUAUGUAUGUACCUAUGUGUUGUAGAGCAACCCCGUCCCUCUGAAAAUGAAACAACUCUGAAAACAGAACCCUUAAUGGUGUAGACUAAGUGCGGAUUUUCAACUUCUUUUUGCGCGGUCAAACAAGAGAUAAAAAAAAUGUUAAAAGUGCGAUAAAAUUGUAAAUAUUUUACCCCGAAACUUCCACGACCGCCCCACGAACAAUAAUAACUGGAGUUUUAAUGGGCCCCAAGGCUGGCCGGGCAUAUGAAGAUAUAUAGUAAAUGUAUUGUGUACUUAUAAAUUAUACUACUCCCAACUAACCUCCACUAGAUGGCCUCCGCUGGAAGAUGGGCCCAAGUUUAAUGCGAUUUCGGUAGAGACUUAAUGGCCAGCAACGCGUCGAGGGAGAUACAUACGAGUAUAUAUGUACUUACUUGUAUACACACUACUUAAUUCGUACCCAUAUAUAAAUGUACAUUUAAUUGUUGUUAACUUACGUUAUCUUGAUUACUUAUGACUCGCCGCAGAAGCAACAAUAAACGAAAUCAUUUUCAA